UCCCUCCUCCCCGCCGGCGCCAGCCGUGCUCGCCUCGGCUGAGUGGCGGGUACCGCUGCUGUUGCCGCUGCCGGCGGCGGCUCCGGGAAAAUGUCCGAGCGCGGCGGCUUCUACCGGCAGGAGCUGAACAAGACGGUGUGGGAGGUGCCCCAGCGCUACCAGAACCUCACCCCCGUCGGCUCCGGCGCCUACGGCUCCGUGUGUUCAGCUUAUGAUACCAAAACAAGACAGAAGGUGGCAGUGAAAAAGCUUUCAAGGCCUUUUCAGUCACUUAUCCAUGCACGGAGGACCUACCGAGAGCUUCGGUUGCUUAAGCACAUGAAGCAUGAGAAUGUUAUAGGAUUGCUAGAUGUUUUUACACCUGCAACAUCAAUAGAAAAUUUUAACGAAGUGUAUCUUGUGACAAAUUUAAUGGGUGCUGACCUGAAUAACAUUGUGAAGUGCCAGAAGUUAACAGAUGAUCAUAUACAGUUUCUCAUCUAUCAGUUACUUCGAGGUCUUAAGUAUAUUCACUCAGCUGGAAUCAUCCACCGGGACCUGAAGCCCAGCAACCUAGCCGUAAAUGAAGACUGUGAAUUGAGGAUUUUAGACUUUGGUUUAGCUCGACAAACUGAUGAUGAAAUGACUGGAUAUGUUGCAACAAGAUGGUACAGAGCUCCAGAAAUUAUGUUAAAUUGGAUGCACUACAAUCAAACAGUUGACAUAUGGUCGGUUGGAUGUAUCAUGGCAGAGCUAUUGAAAGGGAAGGCUCUAUUUCCAGGAAAUGAUUAUAUCGAUCAACUAAAGAGAAUAAUGGAAGUUGUGGGCACACCCAGUUCUGAACUUCUGAAGAAGAUAUCAUCAGAACAUGCAAGAAAAUAUAUCGAAUCUCUUCCACAUAUGCCUCAACAGGAUUUGAAAGCAGUAUUUCGUGGUGCCAAUCCAUUAGCUGUAGAUCUUCUUGAGAAGAUGCUUAUAUUAGACAGUGAUAAAAGAAUUACUGCCUCGGAAGCGCUUGCACAUCCAUACUUUGUCCAGUAUCACGAUCCGGAUGAUGAACCUGAGGCCGAGCUGUACGACGAGUCAAUAGAGAAUAAGGAGCGAACCAUAGAUGAAUGGAAAGAACUUACCUAUGAAGAAGUGAUUAGCUUUAAACCACCCGACUUGAAAAUGGACAGCCUGGAGAUAGAACAGUGAACACAGGCAGCUCUGUCUUGCCUUGCUGCACUAUGAAGACUGUUAAAAUAUAACCAUCCAAUUUAACCUGUGGUCAGAUGUAGAUUUUACUAUCCAAAGAUGUUGGAGAAGAUGUGGAAAAGAAGAUGAAUUAAACAGAAGCCAGAUGUUAUCUGUUUUGGGUGGGAGUUUUUUUGCCUUGUAAUAUGAAUGUAUUCCCAGCUCACAAGGGGUGAUAAAGAACUGCUUCAUUCUGACAAAAUUAUGCACUGAGUUUUGUCAAGCUGUGUGGUCUGCAUGUUUCAUUUUAUCAGUUGUACUGCCAAAAUAGAGGUGAUCUCAUAAAUUAAUUUUAAAAUUGUACAUUUAAAGCAUGAAUGUAUACAAACAUAGAGGUCCAUACAAGCAAUCCUUUUUUGUUCUGGCAUUUUAUCUGUUUGUUUUCAUACUAUUUAUAGUUAGUGCCUUUAUAAUGAGAGGGCGUGGUAGCAAGAUAGACAGAAUAUGCCUAUGUAGUCACAUCUGUGGUGGUCUUACACAUUUACUGGAUGUCUCUCAAGCAAUCUUAACACCAGUUGAAAGCCAGUAAAAAUAAAUCUUUGUCUUCUCUUGCCA